UUUAAAUUGUGUUCUGGUUCCAGCUUGACUCUUUUUUUCCUUUCCACGCUGAAGAAACAUGGAUGUGAAGAGCAGAAAUUACUUACUUCUGAAUCGCCAAGCAUUGGAAAAAGACAUCAAGACCUCAUACAUUAUGGAUCAUAUGAUUGCUGACCAAGUACUGACGUUACAGGAGGAGGAGAAAGUAAAACAACAGAAUACGCAGAAGGAGCGAGCAGCUAUGCUAAUAAACAUUCUUCUUACAAAAGAUAAUAAUUCAUAUAGAUCUUUCUAUAAUGCACUGCUUCAUGAAGGGUACAGAGAUCUUGCUGCACUUCUUCAGGAUGGCAUCCCUGUCAUCUCCUCUGGUAAUGGAAAGAGUUCUAUGGAUGGAAUGACUUCAUAUGUUAAGAUGAUUCUCUGCGAAGGAGGUGUACCACAGAGACCUGUUGUGUUUGUUACUCGGCCAAAACUGGUGGAUGCUAUUAAACAGAAACUGUGCUGUUUGGGAAAUGAUCCAGGUUGGGUCACAGUUUAUGGAAUGGCAGGUUGUGGAAAGACUGUUUUAACAGCAGAAGCUUUAAGGGAUCACCAACUCUUGGAAGGUUAUUUUCCAGGAGGAGUUCACUGGAUAUCUGUUGGAAAACAGGACAAAGCAGGGCUCCUAAUAAAACUUCAAAAUCUCUGCAGUAGAUUAGACCAUGACUGCGCUCUUUCACAAAGGCCACCGCUCAACAUUGAGGAGGCUAAGGAUCGUCUUCGUUUGCUGAUGCUACGCAAAUACCCCAGGUCUCUUCUGGUCCUGGAUGAUAUUUGGGAUUCCUGGGUGUUAAAAGCAUUUGAUAAUCAGUGUCAGGUUCUUAUUACCACCAGGGACAGGAGUGUAACAGAUGCUGUGUCUGGCAAUAAAUAUGAGAUUCAUGUGGAAAGCGGACUAGCACAUGAGAAAGGACUGGAGGUUUUAUCCCUAUUUGUAAACAAGAAAGUAACAGAACUACCAGAACAAGCUAAUUGCAUUGUAAGGGAAUGCAAAGGUUCUCCUCUUGUGAUAUCCUUGAUAGGUGCAUUAUUACGAGACUUCCCCAGUCGUUGGGAAUACUACCUCAAACAGCUGCAGAAUAAGCAAUUUAAAAGAAUAAGAAAAUCUUCUUCGUAUGAUUAUGAGGCUCUUGAUGAAGCAAUGUCCAUAAGUGUUGAACAACUGAAUGAAAAUUUUAAAGACUACUAUAAGGACCUUUCUAUCCUCCCAAAAGAUGUUAAAGUACCUACUAAGGUUCUCUGUAUUCUUUGGGAUAUGGAAACUGAAGAAGUUGAAGAUAUCUUACAGGAAUUUGUUAACAAAUCGCUAUUGUUCUGUGAUCGUAAUGGGAAGUCGUUCCAUUAUUAUUUACAUGAUCUUCAACUUGACUUUCUUAUAGAGAAGAAUCGCAACCAGCUUCAGGAGCUGCAUAAAAACAUAGUAAAUCAGUACAAAAAAUGUUACAAACUUAAUAUGCCUGUUCCAUCUCAAGAAGAUUCCAUGUACUGGUAUAACUUUCUAGCUUAUCAUAUGGCAGGUGCCAACAUGCAGAAGGAACUCUGUGAUCUUAUGUUUUCUCUGGAUUGGAUUAAAGCUAAAACAGAAUUGGUAGGCCCUGCCCAUCUGAUUCAUGAAUACGUAGAAUAUAGUUCAGUCCUGGAUCAAAAGGAUAGCAUAGUACGUGAGAACUUCCAGGAAUUUCUGUCUUUAAAUGGGCACCUUCUUGGACGGCAACCGUUUCCUGACAUAAUACAGCUGGGUCUUUGCCAGCCAGAGACAUCAGAGGUGUAUCAGCAGGCCAAGCUACUUGCUCAACAAGAAGAAGGAGCAUUUUAUUUGGAAUGGAUAAAUAAAAAAUCCAUGAGAAACCUCUCCCGUCUGGUUGUUCGUCCGCACAGAGACGCAGUUUACCAUGCGUGCUUUUCUCACGAUAGACAAAGAAUAGCGUCAUGUGGAGCCGAUAAAACACUACAGGUGUUUAAAGCAGAAAGUGGAGAGAGACUUCUGGAGAUAAAAGCGCAUGAUGAUGAAAUACUUUGUUGCGCUUUCUCUGCAGAUGAUUCCUUUGUAGCAACUUGUUCAGCUGAUAAAAAAGUGAAGAUCUGGAAUUCAAGAACAGGUCAAUGUAUGCACGUGUAUGAAGAACACUCAGAACAGGUCAAUUGCUGCCAAUUUAAUAACAGAAGUGGUCAGUAUCUUUUAGCCACCUGCUCAAAUGACACUUUUAUCAAACUUUGGGAUUUGAACAGAAAAUAUUGUAGAAAUACGAUGUUUGGUCAUGUAAAUUCUGUCAAUCAUUGUAAAUUUUCACCAAAUGAUGAAUAUGUUGCUAGCUGCUCAACAGAUGGAACAGUAAAGCUUUGGGAAGUGCGCUCAGCAAAUGAACUGAAAACUAUUGAGAUAAAAGAUUUCUUCAGAACUGCAGAUGAGCAACCAGAUGACGUGGAGAUCUUAGUAAAGUGUUGCUCUUGGUCAGGAAAUAGUGCCACAAUUUUGGUGGUAGCCAAAAAUAAGCUUCUGCUCUUUGAUGUUAAAACAAGCAAUUUGUUAAAUCAAGUCGUUGUAAGUCAUCACAGUACAAUCCAGUACUGUGACUUCUGUCCUGGUGAUGAGUUAGUAGCAGUUGCUUUAUCUCACUGUUCUGUUGAGUUAUGGAAUAUUAAAUCAUUAUCAAAAGUAGCAGAUUGCAGGGGACACAUGAGCUGGGUUCACUGUGUGAUGUUUUCCCCAGAUGGAUCUUUAUUUAUAACAUCCUCUGAUGACCAGACCAUACGGAUUUGGGAGACAAGCAAGGUGUGCAAGUCUUCUGAUGCUGUGCUAAAAAGUGAACUUGAUGUUGUGUUCCGCAAUGAUGAAGUGAUGAUUUUAGCAAUUUAUAAUCAGCAGCAUUUACAACUUAUUAAUGGAAAUACAGACAGCGUUAUUAUGCAGACAGAAGCUCAGGAAUCCCUUAUUUGCUGCUGUUGCUUAAGUGAAGAUCUUAAAUUUGCAGCAUUUGGACAGGAGAAUGGAACAAUAAAGGUAUUGCAAUUGUCAGAUGGGAAAGUUUUGAAAACCUGGGAGGCGUACAGAACAUCUGUGCAGCAUUGUCAGUUUACCUCUGACUGUCAGACUCUCAUUUCAAGCGCUCAUGAUUCAGUCAUACAGGUAUGGUGUUGGCAGUUGAAAGAAUGUGUGUUUCUAAGAGGGCACAAGGAAGCAGUCAAGGAUUUUAAACUUCUGGAAAAUUCAAAACUUCUUUCUUGGUCAUUUGAUGGAACAGUUAAGGUAUGGAAUAUCAUAACUGGAAAAGCAGAAAAAGAUUUUACUUGCCAUGGAGAUACUGUUCUCUCUUGUGCUGUUUCACCUGAUGGUAGUAAGUUUUCGUCUGCUUCUGCUGACAAAACUGCAAAGAUAUGGAGUUUUGAAAGUUCAUCUGUUAUUCAUGAGCUGAAUGGUCAUGAAGCCUGUGUGCGAUGCUGUACUUUCUCUUCUAAUAACAAAUUAUUAGCCACUGGAGACGACAAAGGAGAAAUAAGGAUUUGGGACACCUUAACAGGUGAAUUACUUCACUUGUGCUCCCCAGUUACUGUAGAUGAAGGAGAACCAACACAUGGUGGUUGGGUAACAGACCUCUCGUUUUCUCCUGACAGUAAGGUGCUUGUGUCAUCUGGAGGCUAUCUUAAGUGGUGGAACGUAACUACUGGAGAAUCCUUACAGACCUUCUAUACAAAUGGAACAAACCUCAAGUCAAUACGUGUAUCCCCUAAUUUCAAAGUUUAUGUGACUGUUGAUAAUCUUGGUAUUCUUUAUGUAUUACAAAAGAUGUGAUUAGUGUGUUGAACUUUGCAGAGAUCGUGUAACUUGCUCUUUCUUUGAGCUGGAAACAAAAUUCUGCUAAUUAUUUAUCUGGCGCUCAUUAAGCUGUGAAUUAUACUUCAAUAUUGUAUUCAUGAUGUUUUCAUGUAUAUUUAUGUAUGUUUUCUCAAAUGAAUUUGCAUUUAAUCUUGUUUUUGAUAGGCAUUAUUGUCAAUACUUAAGUCUUGAUUUGCAUCUUAAGUAUGUUGCUUCCAACAUUGUAAGGAAAUUACGUUAAGAUUUAUUCAAAUUGGGUGAAAUUAAUAAACAGCAGUGGAGCAAUAAUAGGAGUACAAAGAUGGAAAUUCCAUUUUGUGCUAUGGCUGAUGACUAAAUGUUUUGUAGCUAUGAACACAACUUUUUUUUUUUUUUUUUUUUUUUGUGAUGCAAGGCUUUUUAUUUCAUACAGAAUGGAAAGAAUCAGGGACAUCUUUCAUUUGAAAAAUGAAACUCUAGCUAUCUUGGUGCUUGAAGCUCAAAACCAGAACUCAAGUAGCUGUUCUGUUUACAGCAGCAGUGCUUCCCACUUGUGGUAUGAACCAUCAUGCUUCUACCCUUGUGGAGAUAAAGUGCAUUGUAACGCAUAUGAGCUAUGCUUACUAAGAGGAACCUUUUCAGUUUCAUUUUCUCAAGACAAAACCUGAAGCGUUAUUGGAAUUGAAGUGGGGGAGAUUGUGCCACAUUUCCAGUCAGAGGGCUAACAGAGAUAACCAGCUAAACUGAGGUAGAAAAUAUUUUAAAAGGUUUGUGUUGAAAAAUAUAAAGGUGUGAAUUCUUAGUUGUUUUUCUUUUAAGAAUAGCAUUCAAUUUAUACCACAGUGGUAUUUUAUUUUGAUCAGCUUUGUUUACAUGGGAUUCUCUGCACAGAGGUCUCUUGACUGAGACGUGAUUUUUUUUUUUAAUCUAUUUAUAGAUUCAAUAUCAGGUAGAAUCUUUUGACAUUUUAUACUAAUUAUACUUAAUAUAUCUUUUGUGAAUAAUUAGGUAAUAAUUUUUUUAGGCAUCUAAUAAGCCUUGUUUUUGCCUUUCAACUACUAUGAGUAACUGCACAAGUGUUAGUAUAAUGAUUUUGAUAUCUUGCAGUUGGCAGUAGGACAUUUCAUCUAAAUACGUGGCUAUAAAGAGUACAUUAGCAAGUGUCUGUCAAUUGAUAAUAAUAAAAUUUUCGCUUUUGGUUAUUUUUUUGUGUGAAUUUCAGAAGAUUUAAUAUUCUUAAUGUUUUCCUGUUUUUGACAAUCAGCAGUUUUCCCCCCCCCUUUUUAAACUCUUAAUUCCCCUAUUUUUAAUGUACUAUUGAAUACGGGUCAGUAUAAUUAAAGUACUGCUGGCAGACAUAUAAAGAGAAGAAAUUUAACAGGAAAAAAACUUGAAACGUUUUGUAUUCUAAGUGUGUGGAUAUGCAGCAUUCAAUAAAGAUAAUCU